UCGAAAGUAUUCUGAACGUAGCUUUCCAGUAUGUGCGCAGAUGGCGUUUCCUGUGCGGACAGAGCCAACCUUGAAUUUAUUCGUGACUGUUGUAGCAUUUAAAUACCUGUAUUGAAUUGUUUUAUUGUAUUGUCUGUUCCAUUCAUGUAGUCGGCUUCUGGCUGGACCACUUACAACGCGGAUAGAAGACUCAUCCAGAUCGCACAUGUCCCUGCCGAAUAUCUCCCGCGUCUCUGCGUCGGGGCUCCUGCGCUCCAGCCGUGAUCUGCGCUGGCUCCUGCGUUCCGUCGCGCCUCUCGCCGCGCCCAGAAGAGCUUUGACCCAGAUGGGCUACCGGCGGCCCGGCCAGCCCAGAGAGGAUAGGCCCCCCUGGUGGAGGGUCAAAUUCGACUUCGCUAAGGGUUUGAAGGGCAUGAAGAGGCACUUCAAGCUGCUGAAGGAGGAGUUCUUCGCCCCAUUCGUUGGUCCGAUGGGCAAACCCAUCAUGGAGCACAUGCUGGAGCAGAACCAGGUGUUGUGGGAGUUCAGGGGCCCCCACAGCCUCCAGGAGUGGACGAUUUCCUGCGACAGGGAGAUUGGAGGCAAAAGCGAGAUUUACCUGAAGGUCGGAAGGAAUAAUGAAAGCUGCCUUCUGUACGGGACGCUUUGCUCUGAUCCUCCUAAAGACGGGGAAACGCGCUACAGUGGAUACUGUACCAUGCGCUCCAAGCAACCUCUGGCUUCGUUUGACAGGAAGAAGUACCACGACUGGUCCAGCUUCAACACCCUCCACCUGCGUGUCCGGGGUGACGGCCGGCCCUGGAUGAUCAACAUCGUACCAGAAACCUUCUACACUCACCAGAAAGAUGACAUGUACAGCUACUUCCUGUACACCAGAGGAGGACCCUACUGGCAAGAUGUGAAAAUCCCGUUCUCCAAGUUCUUCCUGGCUCAUCGGGGGAGGAUACAAGAUGACCAGCACCCCCUCUGGCUGGACAAGAUUAAUAGCAUUGGAUUUACUCUUGGAGACAAAGCAGAUGGUCCCUUCCAGCUCGAAAUUGAUUUCAUUGGCGUGUGUAAAGAUUACGCACACACUGAGGACUUCGCAUACGAGAAGUACAAGAGGAAUCCUGAAGUUUGAGAGUUCCUGCAGCGCAGCAUUCGAACAGGACAUGAGGACUUGUGACAAGACUUUUGACUCGUUUUUUUCCUCCAUCUGUACAUUUAGAACAAUGAUCUUAGUAAAAUAAACAAAUGUAUAAAAAUUUCACACCAGAAAGA